AUGUCUCCUGCUCGAGUCCUUGAGCCCACGGAGCAGGACCAGCAGCUCCAGACGUUGGCUAGAGCCUUGGAUGCUCUCCUGCUAACUGCCCAACAGCUGAGCUUGAAAGAACAGGACCUGCAACGGAGGGUCAAAUCGGGAGUCGCAAUUGCGGCGGUGACGUAUAAGCAUGUAUUAGCUGAUGAGAUGUUAUCUACUGAUUUAUACAAUCCUUGCACGAUGACCCUUGAAAGAAAGCCGGCUAACUCAAAAGUUUGCCAACAGUACGUGAAGUUGGCCAACCGUGUCAACGGUGGUUCCACUUCUGAUGAGGAUGCUAUUUCUCAGAAAAUCCUCUAUGGUGACUCCGAAUCGAGCUCCAGAUUGGAUUCUUCAUUGAAUCCCCUCGAUGUUGUCAAUCAACUUCGAGAUUCUGGACAUGUCGAAGGCGGAAUGCUUGAUGCCAUAACAGCCGGAGUGAAGUGUGCGAAAACUAUAACAGAACUACGGAAUGGUAAUGGCCUUGAUGUCAGAUCUAAUCCAUGUCUUGUCGCAGCGAAUGCCAGCAGGUCGUCUGCUCUUGAGCGGGACUUCACUACCAAUGGCGUCCGAGGAAGCCUACAGUGUCCUUUCGCCAAAACUGCCGACAAACAAGAGUCCACCAGUGGGACUCGCGAUGAUCGCAAUAACCAGGCAAAUAGUACGUGUGAAUAUGAUCCUAUCAAGGCUGAGUUCAGCCAAGAUCGAGUUUCCAGCACUGGCAUCUCAAGUAGAUCGUCGGUGGCCCGUUGUCCUAUCAGGUAUCUUGGCCAGCACUCUCCGGAAGAAGUUGCUCAGUUUUUCGAGAAUCACAAACAUGAGAUUCCUCGAAGUCACGCAGUCUGUAUCAAGCGGUAUCAGAAAGACGUGAGCACCAUGCGACAGAUUGAUGCCAAAUAUGGUAAUAGCUUGGUCGACAUGAUUCAAGGCCUUGGCAAGAAACAUAAACCUUUCUUGUCGAAUCAUGUGCCAAACGGUGCGCCUGAUACCAGCUCCACAUCGGCUGAGCGUGUCGAAAAGUGGGCAGAAGAUGUUAGUUCAAAAUCCCCGCAUCCGGGGUCAUUGACCCCCGUCGAAGAGGAUACAGCGGAGGAACGGGGCGAUCGAACAAGUCGCUUCGAAAGACCACUCCGCGAGAUCCGAGUUGGUGAAUCCCCAAGUCGGCCUUGGGGUAUUCCUGUACCCAUCUCCCAUCAGCCUCCUCCAAGCGCUGUCAAUAGCCCAGUUGCUGCUGUUCCUGGUCACGCGUCCAACGGCUCACCUGAAAUAAAGAGCCGAUGGAGAGUGAUGUAA